GUCCAUAUUGCUCGUUCAGAAAGCUUUGACUUUGGAGAAGCUUCCUUUCUAAAGCUAAAUUAAGUUUAUUAUUGAGUCUCACUUUUGUUUUCCUCCCAGAUGAAGACGGCUGCUUUUGCAUUGAUAUUCUUCUUAUGGGCUUUCAUCAUCCCUACAUUUGCUGCUCAUGGGCCACAAUGCUGCAAGAAUCCCCCAAUUUUGAAGCCAAAUAGUGGAACUGGGCAUGUUGAAGUAAUUGGAGGCCUCAAAUCAUAUGUUUCUGGCUCUCCUCAUUCCAACUUUGCUAUUCUCCUCAUAUCUGACUUUUUUGGAUAUGAAGCACCAAACUUGAGGAAGCUCGCAGACAAAGUUGCUGCUGCUGGUUAUUAUGUUGUUGUCCCUGAUUUCUUCCAUGGGGAUCCCUUCAAUCCUAAUAACACUGAUAGACCAGUACAAGUUUGGUUACAAGACCAUGGAACCGACCAAGGAUAUGAAGAGGCAAAACCCGUGAUUGAAUCUUUGAAGCGGAAAGGUAUAUGUAAGAUAGGAGCAGCUGGUUUUUGUUGGGGAGGCAGAGUGGUUGCGCUACUAGCACAAAGUGAUGAAUAUAUACAAGCAGGUGUUCUCCUACAUCCUGCAGGGGUCACUGUGAAUGAUAUUAAAGGUGUGAAGGUACCAAUUGCUGUUCUGGGGGCAGAGUUUGAUCAAGUAUCUCCUCCUGAGCUCCUGAAAGAGUUUCAGGAGGUCUUGAUAGCUAAGCGGCCUGAGGUGGAUAGUUAUGUGAAGAUAUUCCCUGGAGUAGCCCACGGGUGGACAAUGAGAUACGACCCUGAAGAUGCUUCUGCUGUCAAGUCUGCAGAGGAAGCUCACCAGGACAUGUUGAGUUGGUUUCAGAGAUACAUUAAGUAACAUCUUAUUGGGUAUUUAGUGCGAACUAUGGGGUUGGUAAGGUUCCAUUUCUGUGAAGUGUGGUUUAAUUUGUACAAACUCAUUCUCAACUUGAAUAAAUGAACACCUCCCACC